GGUUCAAAGUAACACGUUCAUGUUAUAGCCUGUUCUGGGUGCACAUACCUUCCAAUCCACAAAGUAGUUGUGAGUAAAUAAAUUGGGAUGUUUUAAAAUAAUAUGAAACACUGUUGUUUUUCUGUGUUUUUUGGAGGCUAUUGUGCCUGUCAAGCAUUGAUGCACAACACCAAGUUUUUUUUGACCACUGGAGUGGGCUUUUAUUUUGGAAUUUGGUUGAGAAUCUGAACCGGAAGUCCUUUUCUAAUUCGGGUUAACUUCACGCUGGUAAAGAAGUCAGACAGCAAGGGAGUAAGUUACUAUGGCCUCCGGCAACCUCCUCGCACAGAGGAGCAAAAUUCAGCGGCAGAUCGAGACGCUUGAGCGCCUUGUAGAUACCAAUAACUUUUGUGACAAUAUCCACAUAGCUUCGUCAGACUCCUGUCACUCAAACGAUGAGGGAUCAGAGGACAGCGAGCAGGAGCCAGUAAGCAUGGAAAACCUUGCUGUGAAGCGGAAGCAGAUCCAAAGAGAGAUCAAGGAGCUUGAGCUUUCUCUUAGCCAAGAUAUACCUGGUUUGGAUAUCGAGAUUCUAUCAGCAGAUGAUGAAAAUGACACAGAAAGCAUCAUGGAAACUAGUGGGGAGGACAGUGAUGAGGUGUUUAGCCUGCCCCCAAAUGUAGAGACCUGCCUGCAAAUGAACUUGGUGUACCAGGAUGUGCUGGAAGAGAAGUUGACAGAGCUGGAGCGCCUGCUGGUUGAGAACAAAGAGCAACAGAAGGAGGUCAUGGUACAGGUUUCUGGCCCAGCUCCUCAAGCGACUACCUCUGGAUUACCCCCACUGAAAGUUUUUCUCGGAAACUUCAUGAAGCCGUAUUUCAAGGACAAAGUCACAGGACUGGGUCCUCCUGCCAAUUCAGAGACUAGAGAUAAGAUGAACAUGGGGACAAGAAGUUAUGAUGAAAUGAAGAUAAGAAGAUGGGAGGGUUGGCAGAAGACUCUGUUGCUCAGCUCCGUUGUCAGUGACACCAUGAAACGCUUGCUGCAGCCUAAGCUUUCCAAAUUGGAAUACCUGAAUGAAAAAAUGGCCAAAGCAGAAAAAUCAGAAGACAUGGAGGAGCAGAUUCUGCAAAAACAAAUCAAUCAAAUAGAGAGGGAAAUUGAUGACAUCAGCUCAAUGAGUGAGGAACAGCUGAUGGGUAGUCGCCAUGAUGAUCAUGACUGGGAGAAAAUUUCAAAUAUUGAUUUUGAGGGUACACGUAGUGCUGAAGACAUUAGGAGGUUCUGGGGAAACUACCUGCAUCCCUCUGUUAAUAAGUCAUCUUGGAAAGAAGAUGAGAUUGAAAAGCUCAAGAACAUCGUAGAGAAUAGGAACUACUGCAAGUGGGAUCAAAUUGCACAGGAACUUGGGACGAACAGAACAGCAUUCAUGUGCCUCCAGACGCACCAGCGUUAUAUUCACAAAGGCUUCAAGAAAAAGGUUUGGACCAAAGAAGAGGACCAGGUCUUAAGAGAGUUGGUGGAAAAGAUGCGCAUCGGGAACUUUAUCCCAUACACCCAGAUUUCUUACUUCAUGGAGGGCCGGGAAGCAGCCCAGUUAGUCUACCGCUGGACUCAAGUUUUGGACCCAACUGUUAGAAAAGGCCCUUGGACCAAGGAGGAGGAUGAGAUGUUGCUGAAAGCAGUGACAAAGUAUGGCGUUCGUGACUGGUGGAAGAUACGAAAUGAGGUGCCUGGCAGGACAGAUGCACAGUGCAGAGAGAGGUACCUGGAUUGCCUGAGUGAGGACGUAAAGAAGGGACGAUGGAGCCCGGAAGAGGAGGCCAUGCUGAUAAAUUUGGUGCGGAAGUAUGGAGCAGGCCGAUGGUCCAAAAUUGCAUCUGAGAUGCCGAACAGGAUUGACAGUCAGUGCUUGCAGAAAUGGAAGAUAAUGACAGGAUAUCCGGCCAAAAAAAGGAUUAAAAAACGCCUCCCAAAAAAGACAGAAAACAAGAGGAAAAAGUUGGAGAGGAUGAAAAGGGAAGAGGAAGAGGAUACAAUGACAAGUUCCGAGGAGGAAGUGGUUUGUAUUACCAGUGAUGAUGAGUUGACAAAGGAUGAGUCGGAUCUUGAAAUUGAUGUGAGAGAGGAGUACAUUCUACCCACCAUGGAAAAGUGGAUUCCCAAAACUUCUGACUCGUUUCCGCAUUUGAGCCUAUGCGCUGGCCAAUCUGUAUGGAGCAACCUGACAGAUAAGAAGACAUCACUUAGCCAAGCCACUCUUGGACGUCCGUGUUCAGUAAACAGCUUGCCUACACUGGUGUCUCCUGAAGUACGAUACACCAUUCUCGACCGCAUUGGCCACCCCGUAAAUACCAACAUGCGAGUGGCCUCCCCAGGACAACAAUUACAGGAGGAUCAACACUGUGAAAAUGAUAUGAUCAAAGUGUCACUCAGUGAGGUGAGGAAUCUACUGCGCUGGAAUGGAGGCUCUCAAAUGAAACGGCUCCACCCAACAAAGGACACGAGGAGAGAUGCAAGUCAUGAGAUACAUAAAUAAAGGAAUCAAGGCAACAUGUAUUAGGCAAAUGGAAUAUCCUUACUCAGUCAUGCAUCUGUUAGAAGCAACGUCAGUUACUAAUGACGACUGUAAUUCCCAGCUGUAUCACCUGGCAAUGGGCUUGUAAUUGAGUGUUGUGUACCGAUUGUUUGGAAAGGACAGGGGUUAACGUUGCAUUGGAGGUUGUGUUUCUUAUGCUGUGAACAGCAUAGGAAACAAAAAUAUUAGACAUAUUAUGCAUUUGCUUAAGUAUGUUUUUAGCCUCUUUUGUGAAUAAAUGGCUGCAGUGAAUUUGCGUGAUUAUGGGAUUGGGUUAGGACCAUUUACUGAAGUAAACAAGUUCUCACUGGCAGAUUCUGAAUUGCUCAGUAAAAAUUUUAAUCGUAAAGUCACUUCUUUGUUUAAUGAAAAUAAGGUGUAACCAGUAUAGAAAAAUAAAUUGCUAACAUCACAUUCUGUGUGUUUCCGUGUGUGUGUGUGUGUGUAUGCAGAUGUUUGUAUGUGUUUGCCCAGUCGUAUAUGUGUGGUCCAUUCACAUUUCCUAAUACACCCCCCCCAAAAUUUAACUUGAUAGUUUCAGUUUGUUAUGUCUUUCUGCCUUUUUUGGAAGGCAUCCAUGCGCUAUGGAGUAGCGACAGGUAAAGGUCAGGAGCUGGAGCUGGGUUCUUCAGUUAGCAGUUAGCCGUAGAUAUCAUGGGUCGGGGAUGGGGGCAGGUGGGUGUUUAGAGUAGGCCAGGAAGGGGACAAUGGGAUGGGUUGGGAGCUAGCAUUUGAGGAGUUGGGGGAUAGGGAGACAGGAGCCACUGUGUCAAACUGGUGGAAAAACUUCUGGCCCUCUCUACAUUGCCCUCUGUCAUCUGACCAUUGUUCUGCUUUGAGCCAGUGAUACGCUUCAUUCCACUCCACGCCUCCCUCCCAUUGUUCUGCCGCAGCUUUAGCUUCAUCUUCCUCCUGUAGUCCUCCUUCACCUCUCUGAUGCUGCACUUAAGUUGUCCCUGUGCACACCUCAUAUCUUCCCUAUUCCCCAUCCUGAAGACUGUUUUCUUGUUGUUGAGAAGGGUCUUACUAUCAGCGCUGUACUGGAGGGUAGACAUAAGUAAACACAGUUCAUCUACCUUUUUAAAAUGAGGCAGUGUUUACUCACCUAUGUUCCAUUUAAGAGUAUUGAUUAUCCAUUCACAUUGUUGCAGUUUUCCACAAAGUUACAGCCCGCAUUUAGUAAAUUCAAUGCAAAAGAUACAGCUGUUAGAAAAAAACUAGGGAGGCAAACCUCCUCUACCAUAGAUAUUAUGUAUGUUAUAGACCUAUGUUCGCAACCAAUCUCUCUUCAAAGUUUUUCACAUCUACAGCAUUAUUGCACUGUAUCAACAGUUGGCAUUGCUACAGUAUAUGAAAAUAACUGAUGUAGGCUAGUUUACAUUUUAAAUUGAAUUAUUUUACAAGAUAAUUGGCAAGGGUAUACAGCUGUGUUACUAUAGUUAUGUUAACUAAUAUUUUGGAACCCAUCCAAGAAGAUUUAAACAAAAUCCAGAAGUGGGCAGAAAGUUCUGUAUGUGGUAAAUAAAAACAUUAGGCAGGAUUACUUUAUGGGAGGAACAAAACUGUAAUGUGGUCAAUUUGAAAAAGACUUGGGAGUAAUGGUUGAUCAAAGUUUUUCAGGUUCUAUGCACUAUGCUGUAGCAGUAAAAAAAAAAAAAAAAAAAAAAAGGCCAACAGGAUGCUGGAAUAUAUAACCAAUAGUACUGAGUAUAAUUUAAAGGAAGUUAUACUUACCUUACACAAUAUAUUUGUUAGACCACACUUGGAGUAUUGUGUGCAGUUCUGUGAACAGUAUUACAAGAAAGAUAUGGAAAAGGUUCGAAGAACAGCAACCAAAUUGAUUCCAUGUAUGAAAGAAAAGCUAUUAGGAAAGACUUAAGAUGCUUAAUCUCUUCAAGCUUAGUAAACAGAGACUCAGGGGUGAUUUGACUGGGGCUUUUAAAUUCAUAAAGGGUAUCAACAAGGUGAACUACAAGGGAUUCCUCAGGUUGAGUUCUGUUAGUAGAACGAUGGGACAUAAAUUGAAAUUAGCAAAAGGUAAAUUCCCUACUGAAGAAUUUUUUCAUGCAGAGAGUAGUCAAUGGAAUAGCCUGCCAGGUCUCGUAGUAGAGGCUGAAACUCUGUGAAUUUUCAAGACCAAGCUUUAGUCUGUAGGUAAUCAGAGCACUCAAUACAAUUAGUCAAGAAAAUGAUGAGCAUUGUUGGGCUGAAUGGCCUGUACUUGUCAGGUCAAAGUAACAUUGUUAUGUUAUUUUAUGUUAUGUUACAAUGCUACAGCAUAAAAUGGCAUUCUAGAGAAUUGUGUGCUUCUGACUUUGUGGCAGCAGUUUGGGGAAGGCUCUUUCCUGUUUCAGCAUGACCCCAUCAAACACCUUUGGGAUCAAUUGGAACGCCGACUGCAAGCCAGGCAUUGUCGCCCUCCAUCAGUGCUCAACCUCACUAAUGCUCUUGUGGCUGAUCGGAAGAGAAUCCAUGCAGCCAUGUUCCAAAAUCCUGUGGAAUGCCUUCCCAGAACAGUGGAGGCUGUUGUAGCUGCAAAGGGAAACCCACUCCAUAUUAAUGCCCAUGGAUUUGGAAUGAGGCGUUCAACAAUGACAUAUGGAUGUAACAUUUGGGUGUCCACAUACUUUUGGCCAUAGAGUGUACAUGAAGCUAGGUAGCUAACUAGCAAAUAGCUAAAUUUAAUGAUAGUACGUGGGGACGCUAAGUAUGCAUCGGCUAUUGGACAUUCUGUCCCAGACCUUAGAAUUAAAGGGGUCAUGCAGCGUGUUUAGAUUGCCACAUCCCUUUAAUUCCCCUGCUGUUUUCAUCCUUGGGUCUGGUAAGCAUGUUUGGUUCUUCUGUAGUAGUUUAUUUUGUUUCAAAUAAAUUUUGUACCUCUGUGAAUUAACUAUUUUUGGUUAGCAUUAAUUUCAGAGGCUGUUAUAAUGCUAAUUAUAAUGAUAAUUUCGCUUUUUUUACUGUGAAAAUUGUAUUACUGACAGAAACAUAGACAAUCAGAAAGAAAUAACAUAUUGUUUAAUCAUUCUGUUGUAAGUCAUUGAUUACUUGCAAUGUUCAUAUUCGCACAUGAUAUUGUUUUUUUUCCCUUCAAUGUAACAAUGUAAAUUGAAUACAGACACCACAUAAUUUAGGGGAUUGUAUUGCUAUUUAAUUGAUAAAUUUGAUAUUGAAAAGAUAUUGAAUUAAGGAAUUGGUUAUGGGAGGGGUCUGAAUUGAGGGAACAGUUAUAAAUGGAAUUGGAACUGAUACUUAAAGAUUUAAUGAAAAACAGAUUACAUGAAUUUAUCCUGUCAAGUGUCUGAAGAAGUGAUUGAUGCCUGUCCUGAGAUGAAUAGUAAUUCAAUUGUCCAUCUUAAAAAAAAAAGUCAGCGUGAGAGUGGAGGCAAGGGUCAUGUGAUUGAAAUCUUUAGAUCGCAAUGAAUGUACUGGGAAGUUGGGUCUGGAGACUUGCAGUAACUGAGUGUGUGACGUCAUGAGCAGUCACAGCAUUGGCUGGUGGUGAGAUCUACACAAUAACAAUAGCAUGUGAGCACCCAUUGGGCAUGUAGUAAGGAUACAAUUGUACCACUAUGAGCUCAAUGUUUGGGUGAUAACUGUUCUCCUUCACAAUAAUAUGCCCAGGAUUGCACCAUCUAUUGUUCGCAUAAAUGGAAAUCCCUUCACUUUUCCUCUUAGCACUUUCACCAGGAUCUCUGUUCGCCUGUACCACCCACUUCUUGCCUAGGCCCAUCCUAGGGUGCCACUUGCAUCUCAUCUUUUAGCGAUAACAGCAAACAAAAACAAAAAAAAGAUGCACAGACUUGUCACCGUUGUUACUUUGAGAGCGUAAUUUCCCUGCUGAUACGAUACCCCUCCCCCUACUUAGCCUAGUGAAAGCAUUUUCAUCUAUUCAACAUCUAUUCAAUCGAGCUCAUACAAAUUCAGUGCGCGGAUUCCACAAAUUUAGUACUAGGGAAUGAAGCUUAAAGACUAAGUGAAAGGGGUGAAAAUACCAACGAGCUUUGAUUGAUUCUCGUGGCUUUAAAUGUUCUUUUAUCUGAUCCA